AUGGUGCUGCACGAGAGCAGCUCGAGCUCGCUCUCGAGCGUCGCUAUGAACAGGCGCAGCCUCCGCCACAGCAGCAGCGGCGGCGGUCGCAACCGGUACCGCAACAGUAAGAGUAUUCACGACACCGGCAAUGGCAACAACGGCCACAGCCACAGCCACAGCAACAACAGCCACAGCAGCAGCCGUAGCAAUUUCCAGGUCGACGACCCGAACUCUUUUGGCUCCAUGUUGGACCAGUUGCACGCCGAGCAGAAAGGAACGAUCGAAGCACUGACUUGCCAAGUGGACUUCUACCGUCAGCUGGAAGAGCGUGCGCGUCAAGAGCUCGUCACGCUGCGGGACUGUCUGCCGCUGGCCAACGACGCCGAGGGCGCUGCCGCAUCGGUCGCGAAAUUAGCCAGUGAGAACCGCGUGCUGGGCGAAGAGCUGGACGCGCUACGCGCCGAGAAGAGCAGCAGCGACCGGGACUUGGCCCGUCUCGAGCGGCAGAAAAAGGAGCUCGAGCGGCAGCUGCGAGACGCGAAGCACACGCUCGUGGGGUUCUCGCAAGCGAUUGAACAGCUGGAAAUCAAGAUGCAGCGCAAAGAAGCUGAAGUGCAGAUGCGGUGUCUGGAGCUUGAGCACGAGGUAGACGACUUGAAGCGCGAGUGUGGGCAGCUGCGACAAGACAAGACAGCGAUGCGGCAGCAGCUGGAGAACCUCCAGACAGCGAGCGACGAGAACUCGAGGCUGCGCACAGAGCUGCAAAUGCUGUUGCAGCAAAGUGCAGACCGCCAUUGGAAUCCACACAUUGGCAGCAGCUCACGCUUUUCAUCCGAGAUCAACAGCAUUCGGGAUAAAUUUAGUAGCUUGGACGAUGAUAAGCGCAGACUCGAAGCUGAGAUCCAGGAGAUGCAGCGGAAGCUGGAUGCACGUGCUGUUGAAGUGUCAGCGGCACAACUAGAAGCUGAACGAAAGAAUAGUGAAGUGAAGGAGAUGCAGCUGAAACUAGACAACGCGAAUAGUGUGUUGACGCUUCGAGAACAGCUGCUUGCAUCGGACGAUAGCACGAAGAAGGAGAUUGAAACACAACGACAGGAGCUGAUGACACUAGUGUCGACGCUGCAGUGUGAGAAAAGCGACCUGCAACGUGAGAUCGCAAGCUUGCACCGAGACCAAGAAAUCGCUAAGGCUGAAUUGCACACUGCCAAAUCACGGCUGGCCACGAAAGACCACACUGUAGUUGUAUCGACGCUGCGCAGUGAAGUUGCUUCGCUGAAAGAGCGGCUGCGCAAUGAGUUCAUGCACGAGAAGGACAGUUUGAAAUCCGAUGCACAGUCUCUGACGCAGGAGAUCAGGCUGUUGCGAGGGCGCUUGGCGGAGAAAGACCGUGCUGCUCGCAGUCUGCAAGACGAAAUCUUUCGAAAGGAUGAAAAGCAAAAGCAGACGGAAUACGAUAUACGGCAGUUGCGAGAGCAGAUCACUCGACUGGAAGGUGAGCUUGGUCAAUCCCGAACCAAGUACGAGCAACUUCAGCAAUGCCGGACAGCGUUAGCAGAGCAGCUUGAUGUCGGAUUCAAGGAGUUGUUGAACGACGAAGAUAGUGCAGCGUCGGCGCGCGAAGAGGUCGAGAAGCUGCGCAGCGACCUGAGUCGAACGAAAAAAGAUUGCCACGCUCUAGAAACUGAACGACAAAUGCUGACGGAGGAGCUCAAACGCGCUGAUCGCACCAACCAGGAGGCAAUGACGCACCAAAAGGAGAAGAUUGACGACUUGUACCGUCAACUGAUCGAGAAAGAAGCAAUGAUUACGUCGUUGGAGAGCGCUCGGCGUCAAGUAGCGUUGCUACAACAAGAGAAGGAGUCGUGGGAGGGUGAUGUGACUGAUGUUCGCUUGCGCUGUGAAAGUCGAGUGGAAACGGAAGUGCGAAAAGCCGAUGGUCUUCGCUCUCGGAUCGAGCAGCUGGAAAAGGACAAACUGUCUUUGAGACAGGAAAUCGAUACGCUUGAAGACAAGUGCGCGAAUUGGAAAGAACGAGCGCAUGUAGCCGAGCGGUCUAUUCGCCAGAAAGACGAAGAACUCGAAGGGCUCAAGCAGGACCUCUCGCGCCUCGAGAAUGAAAUCAUUGACGCCACUACGCGCGUCGACAAAGGAAAAGAGGAGAUUACAACUCGCGAGCGGAAGCUGCUGAAGGAGCGAAAAAAGAUGGAGCGCGAGAUGGGUUUGCUCGUGGACCGCAUCGAGAGUGCUAACCAGCGGAAUUUCGACCUAGGUGAGAAGGUGAUUGCGCUUGCGCAGCAGUCCAAGGUCGACCAAACGGAUUUGGUGGCAUUGAGUUCCCAGGUGAAGAGUUACAGGAAACAAGUCAAGGGGUUGGAAACACAGCUUGGACAGAUUCAGCGUCGCAACGGCAUGGAAUCCGACACCAUUGACGACUUUCAGCGGAAGUUGAGUGAUCUGAUGUGCUUGAAGGACAGCUACCAAGUCGAGAUCAGCAAUCUUCGGCAGAAGCUGAGCCACGUGCAAAAGGACAGCAGUACGGCUGCGCAACAGCGUGACGAGGCUGUAGAGCGAGUACGUCUUCUGAUGCAGUGCCAGGAUGAUAGGAAGGCGACAGCAGAGGAUCACACGACGGAGCUGAUUGAGGAGAUCGAGGGGUUGCAGCACCAGAUGGAUAGUGAGCGCAAGCGCUGUGCUGUGCUGCUGGCCAACGAGAAGACAUUGUUGCGCGAUCUCCAAGAGCGGAACACCGUCAUUGCAAAGCUGCAGCGCACCGUCUCAGCGCUUCAGUAUCAAGCUCGGGACAAGUUUGACAGCGAUCAAUCCAGCAGCUCGGGCUCCAGUCGCAGGCGGCGCUCUCGAGGCAGCAGCGGCGCUGGCACCCCGGUAGCCAGUAGCAACGAGUCUACGGUCCCUACGACGAAUUCGCUGUCCCCGGAUGUUUACCACCACGGCCAUUCCCAGCAACAACAACAGCAGCAACAACAACAACAACAACCCAAGCAACAACAACCCAAGCAACCUCAGCACCAGCUUCUACCGAGCUUCGCAGCAAGCAGCGAGCUGAACACGACGCCGGAAAAAGAGAUGGACCGUCUAUUGAGCAACCUCGAGCGCAUCUCGUGCUUUUCAGCACAGGGGCAGCACCAGUCGCUUCGGUGA